AUGUCAUCAUCAACAACAAGAAACAUCACCAUUGGCAUUGAUGGCGGAUCAACAGGCACCACCAUCGUAGCUCUCGACAAUUCCACACAAGCCAUCCUCUCAACAGCUCACUGUCCAUCUUCCAAUAAGAAUAGUGUUGGAGCUGAUAAAGCUAAACAAGUCAUUCUUGAUGGUAUUAGACAAGUAUUGGCAGAGUGUUGUUCAUCUGAAGCACAAGAACAACAAUUGGAAAGAGUUUCUGCUGUCUGUUUGGGAUUGAGUGGUGUAGAUCGUCCAGAUGAUAUUGCUGAAGUGAGAUCAUGGAUUUGUGAAUUAUUUAACAUUCCUUUAUCAUCAUCAUCAUCAAAUUGCGAAGAAAAUAACAACAAAUAUCCUGAAAUUCACAUAUUCAAUGAUGCUGUAGCUGCUAUCUGUAGUGGAACAUUGGGUAGUUUGCAUCAUGUGAUAUGUUUGAUUGCAGGUACUGGAUCGAUUUGUCUCGGAACCAAUGAUGAUGGUCAAAAUUAUAAGAGAACUGGAGGAUGGGGACCAUUGUUGGGUGAUAGAGGAAGUGGAUUCUGGCUUGGCUCUCAAGUCUUGUUAAGUGCAGUUGAUUGUGAGGAUGAAUAUGGAGAACAAACUGUUCUUACUCAAUUGGUUAAGGAUGAAUUGAAAAUUCAUUUAGGAGAUGCAUAUGAUGGAAAGAAUUUGAGUAAUUUAAUUCCAUAUAUUUACAAGAAUACAGAAUGGAGUAGAAUUGCUCAAUUUGCACCACUUGCUUUCAAGGCCAUUAGUGAAUCUGAUGAUGCUGUCUCAAAGAAGAUUAUUCAACAAAUGGUCAAUGAUUUGUUUCAUUUAGUGAAAACCACUGCAACUAAAUUGAAUUUCACAAAUGGAUCGGAAAAGUUUUCAUUGGUAUUCUGUGGAAGUAUUCUCACUCAUGAAAAUUCAAUUGUUGCUGAGGGAUUAAUUGAGAAAUUGAAGGAGAGUUUUGGAGACUUGAUUCAAAUUAUUGAAAAACCAAGAGUGGAUCCAGCUGUAGGAAGUGCCUUAUUCUAUUUGAAUAAGAAGAAGUAA